AUGACUAGCCGAGUCGAUACCGCAAGGGUAAAUCCUGCUAUGAUGUCAUACACACCCGCACCACAAUUACUAGCGAGUGCCGUGGUAUAUAUCCGGGAUCGCGAGCGUAAUCCGAUAAAAUGCCGCGCCUUGUUAGAUACUUGUGCCACAGCAAAUUUGAUUUCGGAAUCUAUUCUGAAGCGAUUGAACAUUCAUGUAAGCAAAGGCGCGUUGUCAGUUGGCAUGAUUAAUGACGUAAAUACAGAAUCGAGAGGCAUAGUACGGGUCACUAUGCAAUCCAUGCACGAUAAUUAUCGCAGGGAUCUCACGUGUCUGGUGAUUCCGGUUAUCGCCGAUUUAAUUCCCUCAGAAGUCUUUCCGAGAGAAACGAUCGAAUUACCAUCAAACGUUAGAUUGGCGGAUCCAAAUUUCCACCUGCCACGCGCGGUUGAUUUGCUGAUUGGUUCAGGGCUCACCUUGUCUCUGUUCUCCGUCGGACAGAUCAACUUAUCGCGUGAAAAUCACGAUCUGUAUUUGCAGAAAACACGACUCGGAUGGGUUGUGGUAGGUGGUGUACCGUCGCAAGCUCCAAAAUCUACGUGUUACAUGACGAAUCUCGAGAAUCAAUUAAACAAAUUUUGGGCAAUUGAAGAAGUCAGGGAAAGUAAGAAGAAAUCAGACGAGCAAAUCGAUUGCGAAGCGCACUUCGAAAGGACGGUGUCUCGCGAUGCCGACGGGCGUUACAAGGUUUGCUUACCGUUUCGCAAAUCGAACACGCGACUAGGGGAAUCGCGUUCCAUCGCGCUGAAACGUCUAUUAUCGCUGGAGCGUAAAUUCAAACGCUGCGUUAAGAAACGAGUACGCGCGAGUAAUCGAGGAGUAGUAUUUGCUGAGACCCUGCAUCAUACGUCAGCAAUAGAGGAUCCUGAUGACGACGGUUACUAUCUGCCGCACCACGCGGUAAUCAAGGAAGCGAGUAACACGACUAAGGUUCGAGUGGUGUUCGACGCCUCGGCGAAGACGAAUAACGGAAUAUCGUUGAACGACGCGUUAAUGGUAGGACCUACAAUUCAAGACACGUUGUUCUCGCAUUUAAUUCGAUUCCGCACAUAUAAUUACGUCGUCACGGCAGACAUCGAAAAGAUGUAUCGCCAGCUGUUAUUGCACGGGGAUGAUCGUCGUUAUCAGAGAUUCCUCUGGCGCGUAGAUGGUAGAAUUAAAACGUUUCAGCUUAACACGUUUACAUUCGGUGUUUCGCCUUCUUCCUUCCUCGCGAUUCGAGUUUUACAGAAACUCGCGGAGGACGAACGUCAUGUGUAUCCUCGAGCGGCCGAGAUUCUUACCACACAUCUUUAUGUGGACGAUUUGCUAUCCGGCGCUGAUACGAUUGUCGAGGCGCGUGCCGUCCGUGACGAAAUGAUCGCGUUGCUGAAGCGGGAUGGUUUCUCCAUAAGGCAAUGGGCAUCCAACGACGAGCGCGUUAUUAACGAUUUAGCCUCCAAUGCGUUGCACACUAAUCUCGUGUUAAACGUGGAUCGUUCCGUAAAGACGUUAGGUAUAACAUGGAAUACGCGAGACGAUCAAAUGCAUUAUGCGGUGCGCUCGAUCGAAAUUACUCAAAGAUUGACAAAACGAAACAUAUUAUCGGAAAUUGCAAAGAUUUUUGAUCCAAUAGGAUUACUCGGUCCGAUUAUUCUAUACGCUAAAAGGCUGCUGCAAGACAUAUGGCGUUCCGGUUUACAAUGGGACGAAUCUGUCCCACAAGACAUAUAUACGGAAUUCUGUGAUGCCAGUAGUAUCGGCUACGGUGCAUGCUUGUAUGUUCGAUCUAGCAGGAAAAAUGAGACUGCGAUUGUCAGAUUGGCAUGCGCCAAAUCCAGAGUUGCGCCGUUAAAACCUAUUACUAUUCCGCGUUUAGAACUCUGUGGUGCAUUAGUAUUGGCGCAAUUAUAUCGGGAAGCAAGCGCUAUAUUGAACGUUACACCUAACCGAGUCAUUUUCUGGUGCGAUUCGACCAUCGUUUUACAUUGGAUAAAAACGCCGUCUCACCUCCUUAAGACGUUCAUAGCAAACCGAGUCACAGAAAUUCAGAAUAUCACUGGUUCCAACGUGUGGUGGUACGUACAGUCGGAAGACAAUCCGGCGGACGCGUUAUCAAGAGGUCAGUUGUCUCAUACUUUUUUACGAAACAAAAUGUGGCUUACGGGACCCUCGUGGUUAGUCGAGGACGAGAGCGAGUGGCCCAAUGAGAUCAUGCAAACAGACAUCGAAAUAACGGAAUUAAAGAAAACCACCUGUUUAAUAGCGGCGACCCACGAUACCGGGAUUCUCACCAAAUACUCUUUCUAUUCUAAAUUGCUCAGAAUCAUCGCGUAUUGCCUCCGUUUUCGCCGUACCAUUAAGUCUACCGGCUCAUUAUCCGCAAGCGAGAUUAUUGAGGCUGAACAGCGAAUAUUAAGGAUUCUUCAAGCGUCUCAAUUUGCCAACGAAAUCAAGGAACUCAAACUUAGGGGUUCAACGAAUAAGAGCAAAUCACCAAUUUAA